GGGUGAAUUGGCUCCUUACCUGGGCUCUUGGCCAUGUCAGCUAUGUGUCAGUAACCAAGUAACAGGGGGCGUGUCACAAGGAAAUGCGCGCAUCCCGAGGUGCAUUCUGAGGUCAGCUUUAAGAAACAGCCCCUGCAAGCUGAGUGUGGUUUGGGAGCAGCAGGGACGGAGGACGAGAAGGGAGGACGCUGCCCCUUUUAGAAGAAGCUCCUGCUCUCGGAAUCCCUAAGCUCUUGUCGUAAUGUGAUCAAUUGUGACCAAAGAGAAUACUGCAGCCUCCAAGAUAUCUGUAAGAUCCACAUCAACACAGAGAAAGAUCACUGCAAACUGCUCCCAUCCUUUUCGGAAAGAUGCUGGAAGGUUGGAUAUUGACCAUCCUGGUAUCUGUCGGUGUCGGCUCCCUCCUGUUCAUGGUGGCGCUGGUGAUCCUCCUCAGAAACAACAUCCAUGCUACUAUGUUCUGGAAUGAAAUCGUGCUAGAGAAAAUCACCAACUUCGUCAUGGAUCAGAGCAAAGAGCAGCGGAUCUUGAACUCUGUGUCCUACAAUGCCGUCAAAGGGGAUCCCGAGAGCGUCUUGGACUGCAUUGACAACUACUGCUCCCAGAAAGAAUGGGCCAUGAACGUGGGCGAUGAGAAAGGUGUGAUCCUAGAUAAGGUCGUUGAAGAGGCGGAUCCUACCAUCGCUUUGGAAUUUGGAACGUACGUAGGCUACUCGGCCAUCAGGAUCGCUCGCCUUUUGAAACCAAACGCCCGUCUUCUUACCAUCGAAUUCAACCCCGAGUUUGCCUCCAUUGCAAGAGAGAUCAUCGAAAUUGCUGGACUCAGCGAGAAGAUCACAAUCAUCGAGGGCCAUUCUCAGGACAUCAUCCCACAGCUGAGGGAAAAAUAUCAGGUGGACAAGGUCGAUUUUGUCUUUCUGGACCACUGGAAAGAAAGAUACCUUCCCGACACCAUCCUCCUCGAAGAAUGUGGCUACCUAAGGAAGGGCUCCAUCCUUCUGGCGGACAACAUCGUCUACCCGGGGGCUCCAGAUUUCGUCAAGUACAUCCGUAGCCACAAAAGCUUUGACUGCACUAACUACCCCUCUCACCUGGAGUACAUGAAAGUGGAGGACGCAAUGGAAAAGGCCGUUUACAUGGGAUGAGAGCGAGAGUAUUAAAACCUUAGUGUCGAGCCACUGUUUGUAUGUGUGAACACACAGCGUAGUCCUGUCUGUGGGUCGGCGUUAGCUUUCUGUAGUUUUGGGCUUGUGGUUAAAGCGAAUUUGUCACAGUAGAACAAGUUGCAAAGAAGGCAAGUCAGCAGGAGAACAAGGGAGCUUCUGUUAUGGUCAACUGAGACCCACUGAAAUGAAUGAACAUGGCCAACCUAGGUUCAUUGAUUUCAGUGGGUAUACCCAGAGUAGACCCUAGCAGGAUACAACCCCUUGUGUAUAAAUAGGCUAGGCAGCUAAGGAUCCAUCUGGAGAUGAUGGGCAAUUUUGUUACAUUUCCAUUUUAGCGAAUGACCAUUUUCAUUGAUGGACUGCACCUAUUGGAUUUUCUGCUUUUUACCCAACAAUGCCAAAGCCCAGUGGCUCGCUUUGUGUUUCUCAGCCAAACAAGACCAAAUUGCCUUUGGAGACAGACAUAAAAGGGGCAUUUCUGGGGGGGAAAUAUGGGGGAAAGCAAUGAACAGAUUUUUGAGGGAAUUUGGACAAAAUUACCUCCCCUGUGUUCCCAUUAGUGCAUGGAUGGGGGAACUGGUGGUCUUCCGAACGGUGUCGGGACCUCCGAGCUCAUGCUCAAGGAAGAUGGGAGUUGCAGCCCAGUGACAUCUGGGGAGAGGUUAUACUGCUGCCUUGUAAACAGAUUAAAUGGGGGGGGGGAGAAAUGCUUGGAUUUAUGGUGGGUCCUUCAUCCGAACUGAUUGACGAUGACCUUCAGGGUCCCUUCCAACUCCCUUUGAUUCUAUGAAAUCUUACAACGUUGUAGUAGUUGCAGAAAGAGAAGCUGCUUCUUUCUACUAAAGGCCCAGAAUGUGCAGGUGACAAAGACCCUGAUGGAGGUGUAGCUGUUCUUCACUUUUAUCUCUUUGGGCAUUGCUUGUAAACCAAGGGAAUCCUUCCGGAAUGAUCCGUGGGAAAUUCAUGUUGCUGCAGUUGAUAGUCGUGCUCCCAUUGGUUGAGCUGUCGUUUGUGUUCUGCACUGUAAAAUUGCUGAGUGAUUUCCUCACUUCCCAAGGUGAGAGGGAACAAUGCAGAGAGAGUGAUGAUGUAUCUCCUCAAAGCUUUCAAUAAAUCCCCUGGCUGUGUACUCCCUGUUGCAGGUCCCAAAGGGCGUAUAUAAUUCAGAUUUAUAAGUAAAAAAUAGGUUUACCCACCCA